UAUAAUUCCCUCCCAUUCGUUUCCUCCGCUCGGUUACGUAGCUGCGGCUGACGUCACGCCAGCACCAAAUUCUGUUAACACAGUGUGGGUAUAAGAUCGGCGGUGACUUUGCGAGCGGCGUGAGAUAUCCCAAGGAAAGCUUACGAGUCGACAAUAUGCCAGGAUACUGGAGACGACCCCUUUCCCUGAUGUACGACCACAACUAUCGCUACGGCACCGGACUCUACUCGGGUGCCCUGGACGACGUGGAACGCAAGUAUCGCCAGGCCCUUUUCCGCGCUCACCUGGACUCCAACCGACCCUAUUACGGUUCCUACGACUCCUACAUGUCGCCCUCCAAGCUUUACUGGCCCUCGACGACCAGCGUCAGGCGGGGACCGGUCAAAAAGACCUACUACUACUACGACAUGCCCUACUACUCCUUCCACUACCCUUCGUACUACUCGUCCUAUCUGUCUCCCUACGCCUAUUCCUACCGUCCCUACAAGUACUACACGCCCACGUCCUACUACUAUUACAGCGAUCCCACUUACUACUAUUACAGCCACUACUAUCCUUCUAAACAGUGGUCCUACCCGGGCUACUACGAUCUGCUCGAUUACGACUACGAUCUGAAGAAGUCGAGUUCGACCUCGAAUCUUCGAAGAUGCUACUCGAUGGACGACCUGAGCUACAAGAAGAGUGACGAUUACUGGGUGCCACUCUCCUCCUAUUUGUACCGCUCGCCCUCGGCCACGGAUCUGACCGAGUUGGACCUCAAGAGCAAGAAGCGCUGGAGGGAACUGGACGAGCUGGAGUGGCAACUCAAAUCUGGCAAGCUGGACAGCUACAGUUCCUUGGUUUGGGCCGACAAAUGCCACGACUUCCAAACCAAAAUUGACUCGCUGACCAAGCGCCUGAACGAAGCCGAAUUGGCGGUCAAGGGUGACGUUUACGGAUCCGGAAGUAAAUUCCAAUCGGAUCUGACCGAAUUGGCCUACCAACUGGAGGGGACGUACCGGCAGAACGAGGAGCUGCUCAAGGUGAUCAAGAAGCAGGCCAAGCAGCUGACCGAGCUGCACUCCAACUAUGAUGGCGUCAAUCAGCAGAUGCAGGAGGCAACCUUCUACCUACAGAAUUGUAGCGAAAAGUGUCGCUGCCUGCAGAAAGAACUGGACGAACUGCGAUCGUCCGUCGGUACCACCGAAAACACGAUUCGAACUACCACAUACGUCUACUGAAGCGCCGACGUGACGCCAUCUGCUGACGAAAACAAAAAAAAGUUUAUGCACGUGAUUAAAAAAACAACAUGGCCUCUCGAGUCCGCUCGGAGUUACAAACAGUUAAAAUAAUAAUAAUAAUAAUAAUAAU